UCUCUCAGCUCCUGCCAAACAAAACAUGAAUCUGCUAAAUCUUGUUAAACUUUAAAUUAAAAAUUAGAACUUGUAGGUGAGACGUAGUUGUUGGUCAUAGAAGGUAGAGAUUCUUAUGUUUUGGUCUCUCCAAAUGUCAUGUCGGAUCGUUUUGUCGCUGGUUUAACGGUUUAACGGUUUAUAAACGGUUGAAGAAGGGCAACAGGGAGUCAAGUGAUGAUGGAGGCAGACUCUCUUGAGGAUCAGCUUCUCCACUAUGCUAAAAAGGGCAGCUGUUCUCAUAUUCGGACACUCCUUCAAUUAAGAACGGACGAAAACAGCUCUCUCAACCUUAACUGCAGGUCUAAAACUAAAGCUAGUGCAGGAUGGACUGCCCUCCAUCUGGCCUGUUACUUUGGUCACAGGGAUGUUGUGGAGGAGUUACUUAAGGCAGGUGCUGAUGCUAAUUUACAAAACAACAUGGGUGACACACCCCUGCACAAGGCAGCCUACACUGGGAGAAAGGAAAUUGUCCUGUUGCUCCUACGGUAUGAUGCCUGUUCCAACAUAAUCAAUGGAACAGCUCAGAUCCCGAAAGAUGUCACUCAGGAUGAUGAAAUCAUUACAAUGCUGGAGGCUGCAGAAAGAAGGGAGACAAGACGACGGGAGGAGAAGCUUCUGGAAGCAGCCAGAGAGGGGGACAUCUCCACUGUGUCCAAACUGCUCAGUGGACAAGAAGCUCCAGACAUUCACUGCAAAGACUUGGUGGGGAACACGCCAUUACACUGUGCAGCCUACAGAGGGCAGAAGCAGUGCAUUAUAAAGCUUCUCAAAUCUGGAGCCUGCCCCAGUAUAAAAAACAACAAUGAACAGACACCAUUAGACCUGGUCCGUACUGAUGAACUGAGGUUGAUUAUUUCCUCCUAUCAAGAUAAGGAUGUGAGCACUGGGGUGAAGAAGAUGGAAGGCCCUCUUUGGAAGAGCUCACGUUUUCUGGGAUGGCGAUCCCACUGGGUGGUAAUUGAGGAAGGAACCCUCUCCUGGUACCACAGACAGGCUGAUGCACAGGGUCGGGUUAGAAAACAGGGCUGCAAAUCUCUUACACAGUCCUACUGCAUGGUCAAACCAUGGGAUCACUGCUUUUUUAUGCUCAAGUGCUUUGAUGACACUCUUCAUUAUUUCAAAGUCCCCUCAAAGACAGAUUCAAUGGCAACAAGAAAAAGAUGGCUGGAUGCUUUUGAGGCACAUUCGUCCUACAGCACUCGCAACUUCACCCAUGAACCAAUAAUCGCUGAUGAAGCUGGAGACUCAGUGGAGAAUCUGUCACAAGCACUUCAGACAGCUAACGCUCUCCAGCAGAAAUUGGAGGGUGAAGUGUCAAUAUUUCUGUCCAUGGUGAAGAACGAGGAGAACUAUGAACUGGCUGCACCUCUUUUACUGAAAGCCAAAGAGACCAGUGAGCUCUCCAGUGACACCUGUGCUGCUCUCCAUCAGUGCCUUGGGUUGCUCUCAAAGCAAGAGGAGGUGUGGAGCCUGAAGUUGGAGCAGGAGGAGGAGAAGAAUAAAGCGCUCACUGAGGCUCUGCAGACGGUGGCAACUGAGCACCACGAACUCCAGCAAUCCCUGUGUAAAAGCAGGACGUUGUCCACUCUCAGUACCCUCACUGAUGAUGACUUCUAUGACGCUGUCUCAGAGUCGGGUUCGGAGCUCUCUGUGAGCGGCUUCCUGUCUGUGGCCAGUCACUCCUUUGAAGAGGACGAGGGGAGAGACACCCCCCUUCUCAGCAGCCUCCGCCACCAUCCCAGCACGCUCGGGGGGCCUUCCGGAAUGUCAGGGGAGGGUAACCAUGACAACCAAUCAGCCCAGUGCAACGGAGUGGAGAAGCACAGAACAUGUCUGCCAGCUCCCAUGUUCUCCAGGAAUGAGGUUAGCAUCUGGAGUAUCCUGAAAAAAUGCAUUGGCAUGGAGUUAUCAAAGAUUGCCAUGCCUGUGAUUUUCAAUGAGCCUCUGAGUUUCCUGCAGCGGUUAACAGAAUACAUGGAGCACACCUACCUCAUCCACCAGGCCAAUGCUACAACAGACUCUGUUGAGAGGAUGAAGUGUGUUGCAGCAUUUGCUGUGUCAGCUGUAGCAUCACAAUGGGAGAGGACUGGAAAACCCUUCAACCCAUUACUGGGGGAGACUUAUGAGCUCAUAAGGGAAGAUUUGGGCUUUAGGUGGGUUUCAGAGCAAGUAAGCCACCACCCUCCAGUCAGUGCCUUUCAUGCUGAGGGCCUGAAGGAGGAUUUCGUCUUCCAUGGCUCAAUCUACCCCAAACUCAAAUUCUGGGGAAAGAGCAUAGAAGCUGAGCCUAAAGGAGUGAUCACACUGGAGCUGCCGAAAUAUAAUGAGGCCUACACCUGGACAAACCCCACCUGUUGUGUACACAAUAUCAUCGUGGGACAGCUCUGGAUCGAGCAGUACGGCAGCGUGGAAGUGAUCAAUCACAAGACUGGAGAGAGAUGCAGCAUGACUUUCAAACCCUGUGGCCUCUUUGGAAAAGAGCUCCAUAAAGUGGAGGGAUACAUCUUAGAUAAAAGCAAAAAGAAACUCUGUGCAAUAUACGGCAAAUGGACCGAGUGUCUUUACACAGUAGACCCUGCUACCUUUGAGGCCCACAAAAAGACUGACAAAAAGAAUUCAGACGACAAAAAAGGCAAUAAACAGAGCAGCGUGGAUGAGGAGCCUGAGGAGAUGCCUCCACCAGACGCAGAGACAGUCCAGGUCAUCCCUGGGAGCGAGCUCAUCUGGAAGAUAACACCUCGACCAGAAAACUCAGCCAAGUUCUAUGCAUUUUCUGCAUUUGCGAUGCACCUAAAUGAGCUGGAGAAGAGCAUGGAGGGAGUUAUUCCCUCAACAGAUAGUCGUCUCCGACCUGACAUCCGAUCCAUGGAGAAUGGAGAUAUAGACUUGGCGAGUGUAGAGAAGAAGAGACUUGAGGAGAAGCAAAGAAUGGCUCGGAAAAAUCGCACUAAAUCAACAGAGGAGUGGAAAACAAGGUGGUUUCAGCAGGGGCCCAACCCUCACAACAAAGCUCAGGACUGGCUCUACUUGAAAGGCUACUGGGACAGGAACUACACCCUGAUGCCUGACAUCUACUAAUAAGUAGAACUACAAUCUAACACCAAGGACAUGGAUGUCUACUUUCACAACCUUUCCACUUCAUUUUCUGUACUCUUGUUUGUGCUAGAGCCUCCUAUCACAAGCAACAAUGUCAAGAAGUACAGAACAGAGGGUAAGGUUGUCAUAACAUGCUUAAAAAUGAAACAAAGAAACCCAGAGGCAUAUAGCAGAUAUGUGUGAACAAUAAAGCACAAAACCUCUCUGGCCCUUAAUCACUUAAAUAUGUUAUAGGCAUGAAAUAGAAUGUAUUUUAGAAAUACUAAUAUUUAUGUUAGCUAGCUAGAGUGAUGAAAAAGCAACUUUGGUAUUUUGUUGUUGGUAGUUUGUCCAUGGUUCCUGCUGGUCAUGACACAUUUUACAAACAGUGCAGAUGUACGAGAUAAAAUCACUAACAGUUACAGUUUUAUAAAACUUUGAUUCUACUUGUUCAUACAUCUUAUAAUUCACUGAUAAGUAUUAGAAGAAAGGUUCACCUGUUAGCAAUUGAUCAUAAAUCUAGCAAUAUUUCUGCAAAGAUGAACUCAUGUAAAAUGUGACAUCCAGGGAAAAUCAUGGGCCGUACAACAAUAGGACUAACCUAACUAAAAACUUUAAAGACUUUAAAAGACCUUAAUUAUGAACUGUAUAGUUGUGAAUAGAGAUGAACAGUGUUGCACAUAACAUCUACCUGACUGUAGAUAAAGUAGCACUUUUUCUAACUAUACUCAAAUAGAGAAACAGGCUUUGUACUUACUGAGUUGUGUGUGUGUGCGUGUGUGUGUGUGUGUGUGUAAAGGUCUUGCAUUUGGUAAGUGUAGUUACUAAUAUUCCUGGAGUUAUUGGUCUAGCUUUCAGAAUAAAGCAUGUCUAUCACUGUAACUAUGCAAGCCUUACCUCUUUUACAAUCAAGCACUGAAGAUUCCUUUACUGUAGUAAUAAACAACUGGUAGUUUUCGUCUCUUAUUAAACUUUUAGGUAUAAAAACCAAAUUUCUAUUGUUGCUAAAUAAAAGCUUAAUGUUCA